UUAGUUUGAUGCUGCGUUCGGAGCUUUUUCGACGCCAUCGGGCGGGUCGCGGAGUUUAAAAGUUUUUACGAGUUCGCGACAGUGGUGGCGGGAAAUUGUAACCACGUUGUCUCAGAAAGCAGUUCGAAGCGAAACUGAAUUUGCGACUGAAAGCCACGUCACAUUAAAGCUAACAAAAGGGCGAAAAGUUGGGAACAAUUUAUAUAUAUAGUGUUCAAAUACGUUUCGCUCGAUAAUGCGAUUAAAUAUGACUUACAAACGUUAAAUCGAAUAAUUGUGAGACGUCAUCGAUAGAGGUCUGAGAAUCUCCCAUGUUUUCAAUUCACACAAUCGACGAGAACCUCCAAACGCAUGGCGUUAACGGCCUAGCACCUAACCGUGCGAAACCUUCAAGGAAUGUGCCCUACAAACCGGACAUGAUAUAUCGCAGUCUGCUGUUGUUUACAAGGUGCUGGGGUAUUGUAGCGGCCACAGUUCUCGCUGGAGUGGGCAUCGACUUGGUAUACCAUCGUCGACGUAUGGGUUUCUAUUUGAUAGCGGAGUCAAUUUUUAUCUUCAUCUCGGAAGUUUCUUGGGUUGCAACACUAUUUCUUCAGCUUUCUGUAAGGUCAGACCAUAAAAUAUGGAGGAUAUGGACGACGGCCAGUUGUUUUCAAGGAUGGAAGAAGACUUUGGUUUACUUCCCAAUGGCAAUAUUAUCUUUAAUACUACCGUACAAGCUGUGGCUUACUUACCUGUCAGGUGCAUUUCUUCUACUAUUGUCCGUAUUGCAUUCGGUUUUAUAUUUCCGAAUCAGACGUAAAAGGAGACGAAAACAGUCGAGGUUUUAUCAAAACGACGCGGAUAGUUUGGACAGCAGCAGGGUUGAGGAAAUAACAGAUGUGCUGGACGAUGGAAUUCCAGAACCGAUGCCUGGUAGCAGUGUUUCCCUCUCUGAUACUCUCCGAAUUGAACACGAGAAUUUUCUCGAAAUUUGAUCAUCAUCAUUUGUUACUAUAAAUAUAUGCAGUUCACAGACCUCCCACUAGAUGGCUACGCACGCAAGAAUACGACUAUUUUCGCACCUGUAUAAACUUUUACCGUUUUACUCUGUACUGUACUGUACGGAAUACAACUCAAUUAUCUUGAUUUGGAAAUGAAUAAUAUUUUUAGCUGUG